CGGCCCACCGCUGGUCCGAGUCGAGCGGGGGGGUGGGAUCUGUCCAAGGAAGGCUCCCUCACUCCCUCCGGCCAGUGUGCCUGUCGCCUUGCGUGCUUUCGCGACCGGACGGGGCCCAGAACGGAGGCCGGGGAGGAUAUCGCCGGGGCCCGCUACAGCCGCACGCGCGGUGGCUGGUGGAGGGAAGGGAAGGGAAGGGAGCUCACUGCUCACGCCGCCGCGGCGGUGUCUUCUCCGGCCAAGGCAGGCUUUCCCUGGUUUUACAGGUUUGUGUUGGUGGAAUGUGUUUGCAAUGGAGAUUGAAGAACACACAGCUUCACUUUCAGGAGAGAAUCCUAUCACAAGGCUCCCACCAGAUAUCAUUGAGGGGAUACUUCUCAGACUUCCUGUAAGCUCUCUACUGAGGCUACGUCGAGUCUGCAAGGAAUGGUGGAACAUGAUCAGCGCCCCUCGCUUCAUCAAAGAGCAUGCCUAUUGUGCACCCAAGCAGCUCCUCCUUUACUUGCCUAAAUUGAGUAUAUCUGCAUCCCUUCAUCCCAAGACUGCCAAACCAUGCCAUGCAACGGUCAUUGAUGAAAAGUGGUCUCCAUCAACAUGGGCUGCAUCACAUAUGGACCCUGAUGAUCACCUCUUUGCAUCAUGCAAUGGCUUGCUUUGCUUCUACAAGACAUACACACUCAAGAUAUCUAACCCUGCAACAGGUCAAUGCCUGCAUCUCUUGAAACCUGAUGGGAUAUUGUUGCAUGACUUCCACUAUCUAUACAGCUUUGGAUUUCAUCCGAUUACUGGAGAAUACAAGUUUGUGCACUUUCUCCGUGAGCCCCAGCGCUAUAAAUCAGGACAGCCUUUCCAUUUUGACAUCAUUCAAGUGUACACCCUUGGUGAAAACAAAUGGAGAGCUAUCAAAGCUGUUAUACCAUGCUGCAUGGUGCAUCUUGGAGCUGUAAAUGUGGAUGGAGCGAUGUAUUGGCUAACAGAAGAUGAAGGAACAAGCUGCGGCAUGGCAGUUGUAUCAUUUGAUCUCAGGGAAGAAAUGUUUGCAUUGAUUCAACUUCCAGCAUUGGAAGUGAAAGAGACAGCCUCUUGUGCCACCCCCAAAGUUGCUUACUAUAUGACUGAGAUAAAUGACAAGGUGUGUGUAGUGACUAUGUCAUACCAAAGCCAUGCACCGAGGUGGCGCCGAUACAACGCAGAGCUUUCAGGUAGGACUGACAUUUGGGCUCUUGAAAGUGACAAGUGGUUCCUGAAAUAUAGCAUCCAGUCACCAUCUCUAUCCCAGUAUGUUCCUCAGCCAUGCUUCAUCCACAGGGAGAAGAUCAUACUACAGGACCGUGACAGUAAUGUGUGGUACCAUGAUUUGCGAGGAAAGAAUGUGCAGAUUGAGCAUGGAGAGGAGGUGAAGCUUUUGCACCUUGGUGACUAUAGAUUCUAUGAGACACAGUCCUAUUUCUACAAGGAGACACUUGCUCCCUUGAGCAUUUAUGCCAGAGCAGCCAUUGUUCGUGCACCGCCUGUGCCUCUUGCUCCUUCAGUUGCUUCAAAUUAGUUUCUUCGAGGCUCUUGCACUCUGAAGUUUUGGCAGCAAGUACUGACGAAUGGUUUAAUAUGGAGAGUGGGUAAUGGGGAUCGCACACAUAUGGAAUGAUCCCUGGUUUCGUAGAGAGUGGACUUGCCAUCCACGCCAAGGGGUGCAAAUCUCAUGAACUGAGUAAUUGAGAUGAUUGACCCAUGCACAGGCAAUUGGAACAAGACACUAAAGAUGUGAAUGAAUCUUAUUAAUCCCAGUUCAUAUGGAGAUGGAUGAUGUGGCAGCCUGGUGCUAUGGGGUCUUUUCUUGACAAAAUCAGCCUACAUAGUUCAGGAGGAGUUUAAAAAAAAAACAAUUAUGUAGCUCAUUCAUCUUCACCGGGGGCUUUGAUCGAUAAGGAUUCAAGAGUUUUGGAAGAAGAUUUGGAGCAUGGGUUGCCCGGGGUCUGGGGAAGAUCAAAGAUUUUCCUAUGCACAUUUUAUCCUGCUAUUACGAAUGGCAUUAAAGAAAAGAUGGAUGGACUUGAACACAAAAUGUGUUGUCUGUCAGUGGGGUAGAUGAAGAAGGACACCUCGUUUAUAAGCGUAAAGAACUUAAGGAGGGUAGUGCCAGCUGAAUUUGUAGGAAGCUCGCUGCAUGCUUGCACGCAAGUCUCAGCGCGGGGUUUGAUGAAGGAGAUACUUGAGAUGGAACGGGGAUAGCUCAGGUCGGAAGCCCACAAUGGCUAUAGAGAAGGCAUGGUGAUGAAACAGGCAGAUGAGUUCUGAUUCCCUCCUCUCUCACUCUCUAAAAGAAGGUGAGCAACUGAGCAUAGCCUGUAACUUAGGAAGAUUGUCACGCUUGAAUCCUGAUACAAAAUUUCUGGUGUAAUUUUCACAGUAAUAUUGUUCACAUCUGUCAAAGGUUCAGCU